AUGAAUCAAAACAUGAAUUUAGGUUCCAAUGAGAAAUUAGUGGAAGAGAUGCAGGUGUUUGGGACCCAACCAAGACAAACUUAUAAAUCAGUUGGAGGUUGCCAGCCAGGUGCUCAUCUGUGUAACUCAAAUCUGCCAUCUCAAAGUUUCAACACAUAUUCAUCUCAUUACCCAUAUAUACAUACGCAUUACAGCAGUGAUUGGGAAAUUUCUGAAGCAGUAAGAUUUCAGGAACUGGAAGAAAUCAAAGCCAGAGCUGCCCAAAUGGAGAAGACCAUGCGCUGGUGGUCAGAUUGUACUGCUAACUGGAGGGAGAAAUGGAGCAAAGUUAGAGCAGAAAGAAAUAAAGCCCAAGAGGAAGCAAGACAAUUGAGAAUCAAAUUAGAUCGUGUUGUAAAAGAACUGAGUAUGCUAAAAAAGGUGAGUCAAGAUUUAGUAAGCAAGAAGGAAAACUUAGAAAAUGUAACUGCCUGGAAAACAGAAUUCAGUUGCUCAAAAUUAUCUUACAAAAAAAAUCUAAUCCAAUUAGCAUUGCUGGGACAAGAGCCUGUGAAAGAACUGAGCAAAACCAACGUGUUACCUGUGGCAGAAGACACAAAGAAGGAUGCAGAGGUAACAAAAAAGCAAAGGAAUCAAAAUAAAAAAAUCACUCCAAAGCCUCAUGAUUCCUUUCCUGAAGGAAUGCCCAGUAUCGAUUUGGAGGAACCUAAAAAAAAAUUGGACAAUACAGCUAAGACAACAGAGAAUGAUUUAAUACAUGUUUCCUUCUUGCAUUUGCAUCUGGCAGAGAUGCAGAAAAUCUUACAGAAAGAAAGAGAAAUGAAUAUAUUUCUGGAAAAAGAAAUGGAGCGGAUAGAAAAUGAGUUGUUUAUUUGGAAAUGGAAAUACAAAGAACUGAGACAAGUCAAGCUGGAAAGUGUGAAACAGCUGGAAACACUGCACUUUGAGAAUACCUCUGAACGGGGAAAGGGAGAGAAACUUGAAGCAGAAAAGCAAAGUUUGGAAGAAGAGAACAGAAGGUUGGAGUUGCAGGUAAAACAAACUCAGGGACUUCUGGAGAUGAAAAAUAAAACAAUGCUAGCUAAAUCAAGUUGUGAUCAUCAAAAUGCACAAAGUAAGUUGCUGUUUAAAAAUAGGAGUAAAGAGCCAGAAGAAAGCAAACUCAGGAUCUGGGACCUGGCAAAGUUCUUUGUAUGUUGCUGGAGUUUCUACCAAAACAGUGAGUGA